GGAGGGGGGAGGGAGGAGCGGCCCGGAUGGAUCCAAGAUGGCGGCUCGGGUGGCCCUGAGGAGAGACUUUGCCGGAUUGGGUCUCGGUGUGGCCAAAAGGGAGCCCCAGAGGAGCAAGAAGACGUAAGGUCAGUCUGUGUCAUCUUUAUCGUCUUUGUGCCUCGUAGAAUGGGAUUGGAUUGGAUGGCUCUGCACUGACCAGCCUUGCUCUCCUUGUCAGGGUCCCCAAUCGAGGAGCUGCCCCGGUCGCCGUGGAAACUGGGGCCCGCCCCCCUCCGCCCGCGAUGGCCGCCCCCAGGAAGCGCAGCCGGCAGCAGGCCUGGCCGGAGGAGGAGGGCGACCGGGAGCACGGCCUCUACAGCCUGCACCGCAUGUUCGACAUCGUGGGCACCCACCUGACCCACCGCGAUGUCCGGGUGCUCUCCUUCCUCUUUGUGGACGUCAUUGACGACUACGAGCGGGGCAUGAUCCGCAGCGGGCGGGACUUCCUGCUGGCGUUGGAGAGGCAGGGCCGCUGCGACGAGACCAACUUCCGGCAGGUGUUGCAGUUGUUGCGCAUCAUCACCCGCCAUGACUUGCUUCCCUACGUCACGCUGAAGCGCAGGAAGGCUGUUUGUCCGGACCUCGUCGACAAGUAUUUAGAAGAGACCUCCAUCCGCUACGUGACGCCGCGAGCCCAUAGUGGCGCCGAGCAGGUUCCUGCCCAUCAACACAAAUCUGUGCCUGCCCACCACCCGCUGGUCUGCUGCUCCUCUUCGGGGCCCCAAAUCUGUCCCAAGAGGUCCGGGCGGGGAAGGGCCCUCCUCAGUAACCAACGGAAAAGAAGGAAGUCGGUGACGCCGGACCCGAAGGACAAACAGACGUGCGACAUCCGCUUGCGGGUGCGGGCGGAGUACUGCCAGCACGAGACGGCCCUGGAGGGCAACGUCUUCUCCAACAAGCAGGACCCGCUGGAGCGGCAGUUUGAGCGCUUCAGCCAGGCCAACACCAUCUUGAAGAGCCGGGACCUGGGCUCCAUCAUCUGUGACAUAAAGUUCUCGGAGCUGACCUACCUGGACGCCUUCUGGCGCGACUACAUCAAUGGCUCGCUGCUGGAGGCCCUGAAGGGGGUCUUCAUCACGGACUCGCUCAAGCAGGCGGUGGGCCACGAGGCCAUCAAGCUCCUGGUCAACGUCGACGAGGAGGAUUACGAGGUGGGCCGCCAGAAACUCCUGCGGAACUUGAUGCUCCAGACGGCCCCCUGAAGAACACCCACCGGCUCUUCCCCUGCUCCCCUUUCGUCCUCUCGGAUGGAUUUUUUAAUUAUUUUUUUCCUCCCCCCCCCUUUGCAAAAAAAAAAAAAUACUCCCCACAACAAGAGGGGAAAAAAUCUCAGAAAACGAACCACCCAACCUCCCGCCAUGAUGUCUCCUCCUUCGAGACCUUGUGUAAGGAAUACGUGCUACUAUUGUUGGUUUUGCUUUCCGGGAAACGUCCGGAAGGCCCCAUUUCUGUUUCCUCGCGCCAUUUUGAAAGUCAACCGGAGGCUGGGAAACACCCGGAAGGCCCCGUUACCUACGUUCCUAUCCUUGUUGGCCAUUUUGAGAAUCGGCGGGAGGCAGGGAAUGACCGGAAGGGCCCAUUGCCUAGAUUUACUUAGGUCUCCUUUCCUUGUCGGCCAUUUUUAAAGGCAGGGGAAUCUCCAGAAAGGCCCAUUGCCCAGGUUUACUUUGGUCUCCUUUUCUUGUCAGCCAUUUUGAAAGUCAACCGGAGGCAGGAAAACACCCGGAAGGCCCCGGUAGCUAAGUUCCUUUCCCUGUCAGACAUUUUGAAAAACCCAUGUGAGGCAGGAACGCUUCCAGAAGCCCCCAUUGUCUGUCGUCUCUGUCGGUCAUUUUGAAAAUCAACGGAAGGGUCGGGAAAAGCCUGGAAGGCCUCACUACCUCUAAGGUUUCCUUAGGCCUCUUUUUCCUGUCAGCCAUUUUGAAGAACGACGAGAGAGAGAGAACGCAUAGGGAGGCCCCAUAGCCAGCCAUUUGGAAGCUCACUUGAAAGGCAGGGAUUCUUCCGGAAGGCCCCAUUAUCUCUUCAGGUUUCCCGGGCCGCCUUUCCUGGUCGGCCAUUUUGAAAAUCGAGGGGAAGCAGGGAAACUUCUGGAAGGUUUCCUUAGGCUAUUCCGUUAGCCAUUUUGAAGAGCAACGGGAGGGGAGAACUUCCAGAAAACUCGAUUGUCGGCCAUUUUGAAAAUCAACAGGAGGCAGGGAUAGUUCUGCAAGGCUUCCCAAGGCCUUCUUUCUUCAGCAGCCAUUUUGAAGAGCGACAGGAGGGAGAGAACUGAGGGAAGGCCUCAUUGUCGGCCAUUUUGGAAAUUGACGGGAGGGAAAGAACCUCUGGAAGGCCUCAUUGUCAGCCAUUUUGAAGCUCAAUGAGAGGUAAGGAAACUUCCGGAAGGUUUCCUGAGGCCUUCUUUCCCUGUUGGGAAGAGUGACAAGAGGGCGAGAACUUCUGGAAGGCCCCAUUGUUGGCCAUUCUGAAAAUAGACAUGAGGCAGGGAUACUUCCGGAAGGUUUCCCAAGGUCUUCUUUCCCGUCGGCCAUUUUGAAGAGGGAGAAAACUUCCAGAAGGCCCCGUUGUCGGCCAUUUUGAAAAUAGACAUGAGGCAGGGAUCCUUCCGGAAGAUUUCCUGAGGCCUUCUUUUCCCGUCGGCCAUUUUGAAGAGGGAGAAAACUUCCAGAAGGCCCCAUUGUCAGCCAUUUUGAAGCUCAACGAGAGGUAAGGAAACUUCCGGAAGGUUUCCUGAGGCCUUCUUUCCCUGUCGGCCAUUAUGAAGAGCGACGGGAGAGUGAGAACUUCUAGAAGGCCCCAUUGUUGGCCAUUUUGAAAAUAGACGUGAGGCAGGGAUACUUCCAGGUUUCCUGAGGCCUUUUCCCGUUGGCCAUUUUGAAGAGGGAGAAAACUUCCAGAAGGCCCCGUUGUCGGCCAUUUUGGAAAUCGACUGAAGGCAGGGAUACUUCUGGAAGGUUUCCUUAGGCUUUUUUGAAGAGAGAUAGCAGGGUGAGAACUUCCAGAAGGCCCCAUUUCCAGCCAUUUUGAAAAUCAAUGAGAGGCAGAAACACCUCAAGAACUUUUCUCGAGGGCUUUCUUUCCCCGUCGGCCAUUUUGAAGAGAGAGAAAACUUCCAUCGGCCAUUUUGAAAAUCGACGGGAGGCGGGGAAACUUCCGGAAGGUUUCCCGAGGCCGUUUUGGAGAGCCUUGUCUCUGUCUUGUCCUCUCUUGUGCCGUUUCUCACUCCCUUUUGAUUUCUCCUUUUCCAAAAUUUAAUAAGACUGUUUCUAGGCAAAUUCGAAGAGAAAAAAAAAGACGCAAACCUGAACUUGUGACAGGGAAGAUGUCAUGCCAGUGUAUUAUCAUUAUGAUGAUUAUGAUUUUCCUUUGAAGCUGUGAGUUUUGGCGGCGGUUUCGGCGCUGUCGAGAGCCCGAACCGGCUCGGAAAGAGACUCCGAAUCCCGUCGGGCGGAUUCGUAUGCAUCGGGCUAUGUUUUGUCGGUGCUCCCGGCGCCCCUCUCCUUUGUCCCGUCCAUUUCGUGUGCCUUUUCUUCCCUCCGUUUGAGGGAGCCUCGGCCCUCCAAAGACGACAAAGGAAUCUAUUUACAUAUAUGGCGUCCGUGCGGGAGUCAAAAAAGGUCCAAAUCGUAUGUUUCGGGGGGACGGGAGGGAUUGUGUUAUUCGGUCAGUUCUUCCUCUUCUUCCUUGGAUUGAAAUGGGAAAUCGUCCUAAAACGGAAUCACAAUUUGUGCCGAAUUUUCUGUUCCCCGUCUUGGGUUUUUCAAGAGCCGCUGUUAAGACGUUUCGGGUUGAAUGGUCCUCCCGUUAUGCAUAAGGAAUUGUUUUAGGAAAGGUCAUUUUUCGUUUAUUCCCCCCACCCCAAACAGUAUUGGCUCCAUCCAAAAAUCCCCGGGGCUCCCAUUUGUUUGUGUGCGUUUGAAAGGGGAAUACUAAUACCUUAUUGGAAACUAAUUUGGGGAUUUAAAAAAACAAAACAAAACCCACAGUCUGUUCCAUGAUCUCAAACUGAUCUUUGUAAAGUAUUGUUUUCUUUUUUUGGAAAAAAUAUAUAUAUACCACCACCCUGCAA